CCAACAGCACCCUCCAGCUGGUGGCCACGGACAUGACCGACAUCAUGGAAAACCUGGACACCCGAGAACUGGACUUUGGCGAUGGGGACGAGGUGGACUACGACGGGAACGAUCCCAAUCAAGGGUCGCAGGGGGGCUGGAGCCUAUCCCAGCAUACAUUGGGCGAAAGGCAGGAAUACACCCUGGACAGGUCGCCAGUCCAUCGGAGGGCACAUACACCAUUCACUCACACCUAUGGGCAAUUUAGACUCUCCAAUCAGCCUAACCUGCAUGUCUUUGGACUGUGGGAGGAAACCGGAGUACCCGGAGGAAACCCACCCAGACACGGGGAGAACAUGCAGACUCCACACAGAGAGGCCCCGGCCGAAGGGGAUUUGAACCCAGGACCUCUUUGCUGUGAGGCGGCAGUGCUACCCACUGCACCAUCCGUGCCACCAUCAACACAACAUGGACAUAGAAAACAAAUCAUUAAAUGUUUUGCCUUUUUUUUUGUUGAUGUUUCCACAUUGGAAACUGCGUCUAUAAUAUAGGACUAUCACUGAGAAACAUCGCAACAACAUAUAUUUUAUUUGUCAUCAUGCCGUCCUGCCCUUUUUUCCCUCCCAAAAUUGCUGUUCUUCCGACUACUGUCUACUGUGAUCCACGUGAACGCAGCCUGAGUUUGUGUGUUGGCCUACCCAUGUAUUGUCUGCAAAGAUUGAGAUUGAGAACUACUGCCCCAUGCUGAGCAAAUGUAGGUGUAGACCAGCGGAUUCCCUUCUCUGCAAUUUACCGCACCACAGGCUUCAAGGAAGUCAGUGCCAGGGUGUACCUCAGCUCCUUCCCCAUCACUGCCAAAAUCUUGGAGGUUGAGCGCUUCACCUCCGCCCAGGACCGCUUCAACGUCACCACUCAAAGGAGUGUGUCAAAGGCGCUUCCCGCUAUGUUUAAGAUAGAGAUGAAGCACGGGAACUUCACCUGGAUUGUGAAGAGGAAGGAGAAGCACUUCAUGGAGCUGCACAGAGAGCUACUUCGAUACAAGACCUUUCUGAGAAUCCCCCUGCCCUCCAGAAGCCACUCGGUGCGCAGGCAGACGAUCAGGAGAAACGAGGCACGGCAGAUGCCCAACCUGCCCAGGGGUGGAGGAGACGAUCUGGUCAGAGAGGAGCAGGUGUCCAGCCGAAAGAAACAACUGGAAGACUACUUGAAUAAGCUUUUAAGAAUGUCCAUAUACAGAAACUAUCAUGCCACAAUGGAGUUCAUCGAUGUCAGUCAGUUGUCCUUCAUUCAUGAUUUGGGACCAAAAGGCUUGGAAGGCAUGGUGCUGAAGCGAUCAGGAGGCCAUCGCAUCCCAGGGUUGAACUGCUGCGGUCAAAGUAAAAUGUGCUACCGCUGGUCGAAGCGUUGGCUGGUGGUCAAAGACUCCUUCCUCACCUACAUGAAGCCAGAUAGUGGGGCCAUUUCCUUUGUCCUUUUGGUGGACAAGGAGUUCAGCAUCAAGAUGGAUUCGAAGGACACUGAGACUAAGCACGGGGUCCGAGUAGAUAGCCUCUCCAGGGCUCUCGUGCUAAAGUGCUCCAAUUUUCGACACGCGCGCUGGUGGGGGCAGGCCAUCGAGGACUUUGUGCAGAAACACGGGAAGGACUUCCUCAGGGACCACCGCUUUGGCUCUUUCGCACGAGAGGAGGAUAACAUCCCAGCCAAAUGGUAUGUUAAUGGGAAAACCUACAUGGAGGAUGUAGCCGAUGCUCUGGAGGAGGCCAAAGAGGAGAUCUUCAUCACAGACUGGUGGCUGAGCCCUGAGAUCUUCUUGAAGAGGCCUGUCGUCGAGGGAAACCAUUGGCGGCUAGACUGCGUUUUAAAGCGCAAGGCUCAACAAGGCGUGCGGAUCUUUGUGAUGCUGUACAAGGAGGUGGAGCUUGCCCUGGGGAUCAACAGUGGAUACAGCAAGAGGACACUGUUGGACCUUCACCCCAACAUCAAGGUCAUGAGGCACCCUGACCACGUCUCCUCCACAGUCUACCUGUGGGCUCACCAUGAGAAAAUAAUUGUCAUUGACCAAUCGGUGGCGUUUGUGGGUGGGAUUGACCUGGCAUAUGGACGUUGGGAUGACCGGGAACAUCGGCUGACAGAUGCGGGGAGUGUGACACGCACAACGGCUGGGGAACAGUCCGGUGCAGAAGCUGACCAGUCUGGCAUGAGUGUGCCCCCAAGCGACUCUCCCGCUGCUACCCAGAGCAACGGGCAGAACGCCAAGGCGACGGACAUGGGGGACCAGCCCAAAUUGAAAGGAACAGCGCGGACACGCAAGCCCCGCUUCAGCAUCAAAAAGCACCUCCAUAAACACGGCCUGCACCAUGCAGAAAGCGUCAGCAGCCUGGAAUCUGAGGAGAAGACGGGGUCCUUAAGAAGCCUGCAGACUGGUGUUGGGGAGCUGAUCGGGAACACCCGCUUCUGGCAUGGGAAGGACUACUGCAACUUCGUCCACAAGGACUGGAUCCAGCUGGACAAGCCUUUCGAUGACUUCAUCGACAGGUACACAACUCCCAGAAUGCCCUGGCAUGACAUUGCCUCAGUGGUUCAUGGGAGGGCAGCAAGAGAUGUGGCAAGACACUUCAUACAGCGCUGGAACUUCACCAAGAUCAUGAAGCCAAAGUACCGCUCUCUCUCAUACCCCUAUCUCCUGCCUAAGUCCCACACUACUGCAAAUGAGCUGAGAUACCAGGUCCCAGGCGCUGUCCAGACAAAAGUGCAGAUCUUGAGAUCUUCUGCAGACUGGUCAGCUGGUAUCAAGUACCAUGAGGAAUCCAUCCACAAUGCCUAUGUGCAUGCCAUUUCCAACAGCAAGCACUACAUUUACAUCGAGAACCAGUUCUUCAUCAGCUGUGCUGACAGCAGACAUGUUUUCAACAAGAUCGGAGACACCAUUGCGCAGAGAAUCAUCAGAGCCUAUCGGGAGGGUAAGAAGUACCGUGUCUAUGUGGUGACCCCUCUGCUGCCCGGGUUCGAGGGCAACAUCAACACUGGAGGGGGCAAUGCCAUCCAGGCUGUCAUGCACUUCAACUACAGAACAAUGAUCAGAGGCGAUUGUUCGAUCAUUUCUCAGCUCAAGAGAGAAAUGGCUGACCAGUGGAUGAACUACAUCACGUUCGGGGGCCUGCGGACCCACGCAGAGCUGGAGGGCAAGCUGAUGACUGAGCUCAUCUACGUCCACAGCAAGAUGCUGAUCGCUGACGACAACACUGUCAUCAUCGGCUCAGCCAACAUCAAUGACAGAAGCAUGCUGGGAAAGCGGGACAGUGAGGUGGCGGUCAUUGUGGAGGACACAGAGACAGUGACAUCGGUGAUGGACGGUGAGGAGUACCAGGCAGGGAAGUUUGGACUACAGCUACGGCUGGAGUGCUUCAGAAUGAUCCUUGGUGCCUUCACCGACCCCACCAUCGAUGUGACAGACCCCAUCAGCGACCAAUUCUACAAAGAGGUGUGGAUGGCCACUGCUGCCCGCAACGCGACCAUCUACCAGAAGGUGUUUCGGUGCUUGCCGUCCAGCGAUGUGCGUAAUAUGCUGGAGCUGGAGACCUUCAGGAGCAAACCGGGCCUGGAGAAGGAGGACCCGGUUCGAGCCGCGGAGGAGCUGAAGAAGAUCCGGGGGUUCCUGGUCCAGUUCCCCCUAUACUUCCUGAGCGAGCAGAACCUCCUGCCGCCUGUAGGAAGCAAGGAAGCCAUGGUUCCCACUGAUGUCUGGACCUGAGACCAGAGGAGCAGGGAGGGGGAAGUAACGGGAGCCGGAACCAGAACCAUCUACCCCCAGCAGCUCAGCAUCUAGAACCCAGCCUUGAACAGCAAGAUGGACAUCUAUCAGUAGACCGGUAAAAGGCCUCUGGGAGUUGUACUUCUGUGUGCCAGCUGAGAGAGACUGUAUCUUUUUAUACAGUGGGAGGGGAGACUGUUUUUAAAAAAUCUUCUUGUAUAAUUAACAAUCUUUUGUUCUUUUUCUUUUUUUUUUUACUAAUAUCGGGGAAACUAACACUAUGCAAGUAUAAAAAAGACGUAUAGCAGAUACUACUGCAUGUGUAUAUUGUUAUGUGUCCAUAUGUGUUGUAAAGAGCCUUUUUUUUAAAGACAAAGGAUUGUUUCCAGUUUAAAAGAGAGAAUGAAAUCAAUGGGAUCAUGGGAGCUAAGCUAGGACUUCCAUGUCCUUUGUUUGCCUUUAAUACCUGUGUGUUAUAUGCAACUCCACUCUGUGGAACAAUAUUGCCUGAAAGGAAAAUGUAAAUUCAAUGGUUUCUCGUAAAAAGCUUAGUGUUGCUACAGCAGUGGAUCCCAGCCUUGGUCCUAGGUGCACACCACAUGAGUUACAGCAGUUCUCACUCCAGCGAAGCUCCCAUUUAGUUAUGUUGCACAAAAUUAUUAAUUCAAUAUGGUUCUGGAUUUGACAUCACUUGAGUAUUUUUUCUAAACUGUUAUAAAAAUUUUAAGGGUUAUGUUCUUCAGAAGGGUGAUAUGAAAGAGAUCAAAGACAUCAAGCAUGCUUAACUUGAAUGAAAAUGCAGAAGCAAAACCUGUUUCUGCAAGUUAUUUAGCUUCAUGAAUUGAUAUAUAAUUCAUAAAAAGAUAAAUAUGCUAUGUCACUGGCAAAAUAGGUUGAACAGUGAACUUAACAUCUAGUUCAACUUAAAUGAAUCUGUUGAACCAAAUUAUGGAUGAACAUCUAUAUUUAGCACAAGCACAUUCAUAUACUGUGUCCAGAGUGUAGGGACAAAAAUCGGAAUAUAAUUUUUUGCUUGUUCAUACCCACCCAAAGGAUAACUCAGCUGGGAGAAAAAUGUACCUAAGUUCCAGGGUAAGGAGACAUAGGGCCACGCAACACUAACCACACUACUGGACCUGUCCAUACCCUGGGUGCCUUGUAAAGCUAAUAGACAUGCUCCAUUACACUCAUUCUGCAAACCGCCUAUUCAAGGUUAUUUCUUGGCCAGUUGAGAAGCAGUUGUUCUUUAAGCCAUAAAACAACAUUUGAAGCACUGUGACUUGGUUUCGAAUAGCCAAUCAGGAGUAAGGGCAGACAAUCUGAUCACUCAGUGCUGAGGGCAGCAUCUUCCCAAAAGCCAAUCACCAUCACUGUUGUUGUCACAUAAAACUGUUGUUUGGUAUGGAUUUCACUUCAGCACCAUCACCCACAUCAAUGUCUAUUGUAUGUCUUGUUGUCUAUGCUGCAGGGUGCCCCUGGUUCAAUUCAGGACCAAACCUAAUACCUUGCCGCUGCUGUUAAAUUAACGUCACUGGUUUCCAGCAAUGAACUGCAUUUUUUUGCACAUUAUAUGAACUUCACAUGGAAGCGUAAACUUGUUGUUGCUAAUUGUGGACGAUGAGAAAAUGUAAGCAAUUAAACAUACUUGAUUUUCA